ACUCUGUCACUUGGGAAUCCUGGCAGGCAAAAACCCUGUGGCCAGGCUGCUGGGAAAGUGGUGAGCAAGCAGAGGACCAGCAGGACAGCUUUCUGCGAAGGCACAGCUUUGUGCAAAGGCACAGCUUUCUGAGAAGACACAGCUUUCUGCAAAGGGACAGCUUUCUGCAAAGGGACAGCUUUCUGCAAAGACACAACUUUCUGCAAAGGCACAGCUUUCUGCAAAGACACAGCUUUCUGCAAAGACACAACUUUCUGCAAAGGCACAGGCACAGCUUUCUGCAAAGGGACAGCUUUGUGCAAAGACACAGCUUUGUGAAAAGACACAGCUUUCUGCAGAAGCACAGCCUUCCCAUCAGUCUCACACUGACCAAAUUGGGUUUGCUGUUUGCUGAUAGCCUGGUGACUGCUGAGUGCACUGCAAGGGCGACUGGGCCCUGGGUAUUCAGGAGAAAUGUGGUAGGAGCAGGUGUGCCAGGGUUCUGGUGUUUUGUUUCCUGGAAGAAGUGGCUGGAUUUAACGUGUCUGGAGCCCCAGAGUGAGAUGAGCUGCAAGGUGCAUUCAUAACCAGCAGAAGACUGAAUUAGGUUCAUUCUUUAUGGAUGUUUUAAGCAAAGCAUUGGAAAGAACGCUGGGGCUGGAUGGAAUGGAUUGAGUCAGCACAAAGAUUCCUGAGCCAGAGCUCCAGAACGUGCUGCUGCUGCUGCUGGAGAAGGUGAAAAGGUGAUGUGAGCCCUGCUCUGAUGAAUCCUCUCUCGCAGCCAGGCUCUGUUCCUUUGGCACAAGGAAUAUGCUGGACCAUAUCAGGCAUGAAUGCAGAGCAUGUGCUGGUCACUCAGGAAACUCUAAUGGAGCAGUUACAGAAAAAUUACCCAGGCAUUGCAGCGCCCUCCCACAAUGCAUUAUAUAAUAUCCUUGGCACUCUAAUUAAGGAAAGAAAAAUCUAUCACACAGGAGAAGGAUAUUUCAUUGUGACUCCCAACACUUACUUGAUCACAAAUGGUGCCACAGAAGACAACAGAAGGAUCCUGCUGGAGGACAGCUGUUGCUGUUCAUCCCCUUCCAUCACUGACCUGGUAAACAUGAGGGGCUGUGCAGACCUAGUGAAAGAAAGCACUCCUAGAGAACCCUGUUACAGAUCCUGCCAUUGCUUCCCUGAUCAAAAUCAGCUCUGUGAGCAAAGGCAAGAGCAGGUGAGGAGCCAUGGAUCUAUUGCAGAGGGACAGACAGGCUGCAGUGAAUUGAAGGCUUCAGUUCCAACUCAAGUCAUCUCCACAUCUGCUGAGAACCAUUCCUGGGACACCAUCAAAUCCCUGACAUCUGUGAAAGCAAAACUGAAAAGCAAAAUGUUUGGCCUUGGCCACGUCUGGAGAAGUGGUUCUAAGCAAGAAAAACACAAGAAGGAGUACUCCACUUUCUCAGGCCAGUUUCCUCCCCAGGAGUGGCCAGUCAGGGAUGAAGAUGACCUGGACAACAUUCCACGUGAUAUUGAACAUGAAAUCAUCAAGCGAAUUAACCCCACUCUUACCGUGGAUAAUUUGAUUAAACACACAAUAUUAAUGCAGAAGUUUGAGGAGCAGAAAAAAGGCAGCAGUGAAGAGAAAAAAUACAUCAGUAAUGGUACCUUGGCUGAAGUGCCAGCACUCAGGCAAAACCAUCUCUCAAAGGAUUGUAUUCAAAGGGCACCAAGUAAAACAGCAAAACACACCAGGAAAACCAGAUCAAAGAGGGAAAAGCAGAUGAGCAGGAAAUGUCACAGACAGAAGGUAACAUCCCACAAUGUGCAACUGGCAGAGAGAUUUUCCCUGCCCAACAAACCCCAGGAGCCACCUGCUGCAGCAGUGCAAUCCCAGGGGAUCUACAAGAGGCAGAUUAAGAAUCCUUUCCAGGGUCUGCCAUGGAGAGCUCGCAGCUUUCCUGCCAGGGGGCACCAGGGUGGUGCCAACAGCCAGCUCCAGUGCCAGACUCACAACCAAGGAAGGGCUUCCCAAAGGCCACAGCCCUCAGGACCCUUUGGCUGUGAACCUGAAAGGCUGGGGGCAGAAAGUGAGGCUGGCCAAGCCAAGCAAAACAACCCACUCCAUGCUCAUAGGUCUGACCUUCAAAUAAAACCAGACAGUUUCAGUGAAAGUGGUGGUUAUCCACAAGGCAGUAAUGUGCAAAUAGGUAACAGAAGGAGAUACUUCCUGGAGAGUAAUAUUUGUGAAGAAAAUGUCUAUAAAAGAACAAUAAAAAAGAAAUCCCCUUGCUCCUACACUGAAGAUAAUGGAGUGUGCAAAGAGGAUGCAAUAUAUAAAACAAUAUAUAAAACAAGAUUUCCAUCCCACCUGAAAGAUGAGCAUUGCAGAUGCAAAGCAGACACUGUAGGUGAGCUGUUAGAUCGAACAGCCAGUGACUUUCAAAAUGUCCAUCUUUCCAAUUGCACAGCCAGUGUUACCCUGGCCCCCAAAAAUGGUGUGACAUACAGAGCAAAGACUGAUACAAAGAGUGAACUUCUAUUUAACCAUCCUGGAUCAAGGGAGCUGGAAAGGGAAGGGUUCACUGCUAACUCCCAUCUUCUGUACCAAAAGGGACACCAUGGUGCCACCUGUGUGUUUUCAUGAGGCAAGAAAGCAGCACAAGUUCUGUCCUGCAGGUAGAGAUAACCUAGGACAGAAAUGUUAACAAAAAUGAGGUUUGAUAAAUUCAGUGUUAAACAGUGUUG